GCUCAUCUAAAUCUAAGUUCCUUGUAUUUUCUUAUAAAAAAAAAAUAUAAAAAAAAAAGGUCUAGAAAUUCUACCUCGUUGAACAAGAAGUAGAGUCUUUCCUCAUAGCAAAACUCAGCAUCAGACUGAGCUUCCUCUCCUGCGUCAGCUCUGUGAUGGGGACUCCUUACCCAAACCCCAUCUCUCCUGCCCAAACCCGCAUAGGCUGGAUUGGCAUCGGCGUCAUGGGUGCCGCCAUGGCCUCCCGCCUUAUCUCAGCCGGCUACUCCCUCACCGUCUACGCUCGCACUCCUUCCAAAGCCGCUCCCCUACAAUCCCAGGGGGCCCACCUCGCCGACUCCCCGUUUCAACUAGCCCAACGCGCCGACGUCGUCUUCACCAUGGUGGGCCACCCGUCCGAUGUCCGAUCAAAUGUCCUCGGCCCAAACGCCCUUCUUUCCGGCCUCAAUCCCAACUGCGUCACCGUCGACAUGACCAGCAGCCAUCCCGCCCUCGCGCGUGAGAUUUUCGCCGCCGCACGCGCCAAGGACUGCUGGUCCGUCGACGCGCCGGUGUCCGGCGGUGACAUUGGCGCCAGGGAAGGCAAGCUUGCUAUACUCGCCGGUGGGGAUGCUUCGGUGGUGAAGUGGUUGGCGCCAUUGUUUGAGAUUAUGGGGAAGGUUACUUAUAUGGGUCCAGCAGGGUGCGGCCAGAGUUGUAAAAUUGGUAACCAGAUCAUUGUGGGGGCGAAUUUGCUUGGAUUGAGUGAAGGGUUGGUGUUUGCGGAGCGGGCCGGGUUGGAUGUGAGGCGAUUUAUGGAGGCGGUGAGGGGCGGCGCGGCGGGUUCUAAAGUAAUGGAGUUGUUUGGGGAGAGGAUGAUUGAGAGGGACUUCAGGCCUGGUGGUUUUGCUGAGUACAUGGUGAAGGAUAUGGGGAUGGGAGUGGAUGUUGUGGAGGAAGGUGAGGAUGAGAAAGUAGUAGUGUUGCCGGGUGCUGCAUUGUGCAAGCAGUUGUUUUCGGGUAUGGUGGCUAAUGGGGACGGGAAGCUUGGUACGCAAGGUCUUAUCACUGCUAUAGAGAGGCUCAAUGGAAAGUGAGGUGAAAUUAUUCCCUUGAUUUGAAAGGUGUGCCUAGUGGUUUGAGUGUGUUCAUUUUGUUCGUAUUUAUUGUAUCAAGAAGAAGCCGCAGAACUAAGAUGUAUGUAUAAAAGAUAGGCUUAUGUUUCCUGUUAUAUAUAUUAAUUAGUUUGUUGAACGCUACCAUUGUUCAGUAGGAUACUUAUGCAAUGUGUUGAUGCAUUGUCAUGUGUCUUUUCUCCUUCCUGUAAAGCAUGUUUCAGACAAGCAAUUGAUAUAUUUACAUUUGAGAUAAGCAGUUGAUUA